AACACUAGAACAGGUGUCGGUGCAGACUGACAGCUCCAGGAGGACGCGAGUAGGAAGCCCGUCGUGAAGAUUAACAUUUAAGAAUUCAGCGGUCACAGCGUUUAAGACAUCCCAAGAUUGCAGAUACAUCAGUUAAGGGGCAGGGUUGUGGGUGGAUGUGGGGUGCAGCUGUUGGAGGGUUGUUAGCUGCUUGCUGCGUGAGUGCAGUAUGGGGGUGGGGCAGAGAUGGAGGGGGUUUAGGGGUUGUACUCCCCUUCUCUCUGGUUGUUGGAGGCAUCUCGGCCAUGGUUCUCGGCGCCACACUCACUGUUGCGGCAUACGUUAUGCUGUCGGCUAAGCACCAGGUUACAGUGCGUGUUCCUGCAGGGAUCUCUGCCCUACAUGCACUUAUUGCGAGUGUCCGCUGCGAUGCAGAAAGUUCCCUGCCAACAAGGCAUGGAGCCAUUAUUAGUCGUAAAAUUGACGGUGCUAUCAAUGAGCUAAUUGAUGGAUUCAUUGAGAAUGAUGUAACACCAUGGUACGCGACUUUGGUUAAUGAAACUACCCCAAGUAUUGAAGCUCUUAGGAGCGUCUUGUGGUAUAGCGUUGUAAACAUUAACGAGAGGCUAGCCCGUAUGGAUCAUGUUCGCUUUGUUACUGGUGGCGCAGUUAAUUGUCUUACACGUCACCUUGAACAGAUCAAGAUUGCUCAAGCUGCUGGAGAAGCUCGAGGCGAAAGGGGUAUAUUCCACUUGGUUCCUCAGUUGUGUUCUCCAGAAAGAGAGAGAAACUUCCUUCGGCUGGUGGCAGAGCUGCUUAUUUCUCGAUGUCUCCCAUCAGAAUACUCUCGAUGCACACCAUUGCGCACACUUCUUAAGGAACUUUUGGCUUGUAAAGUUUUUGAGCCUAUGAUUGAUCGUGUGUGUGACCCAGAUUGGAUCAAUCAGAGGCUGGUGUCAUAUCUCCGGCAGCAGCACGCAGCAGAAGAGCUACACCGCCGCACCUAUAUGUAUGCAGCUAGCUAUGAAGAUUUUAUCACGCUCAUUCAUGACUCUACUGAUAUUCAUGAUCUUGAGCACCUCGGCUUUGACAACUUCUUAGAGUUGGUUUUAGCCUCUGAAAGCACGGACGAAAUGCUCAGGAUAAGACGAAACAUAAUUAAUGAAAUCAUGCAAGCAACUGCCAUCAACAAUCUGAAGAAAGCCAAAGGAGUGGACCUCAGCCGUGAGAGUACACCUCAGGGAUCCGGAAAGGGAGAUUUGCUUCAGGCCAGGAAUCUGAAGCGUUACAUCAACCAGCUGACCUAUGCUAAGGCUCAGUGUGAGCGCCGAAUAAAUAUCCUCAACAGUGGAAAGGUAGCAAUAGAAUCGAGCGCUGCUGGAGGAUGUGUUGGCAGUUCUGAUGUUGCACCAAGUUUGUCGGACUCAUUCUCUCACUCGUUGCAGAAUCUCCCAGGAAGGAAGAUUCUCAUGUUUCAAGCAUUACUGGAGUCUGCGUUUGCACGUCGUUACUUCUCGAUAUAUCUGGAUGAGAUUGGACAAGGUGCACUCAUCAGCUUCUGGUCAGCAGUUCAGGAAAUUCGUCAUGCAGACAAGAAGCUGCACCACCAGUUAGGAACGGAAAUCUACUAUACCUACCUCAGCCCCCAUCCCCCUCCCGUAAAGGUUGAUAAGCCAACACUACGUGGUGUAGAAGCCUUUCUUUUGGGCAACCGAGGCCCUGAAGUUUUGUAUGAAAUUGGAGAAGAGGUUGAGCGAACGUUAGAAGAGCGCCACUACACUGGUUUCCUGGUGUCGUCAACGUACCAUGCAAUGCUCCGUCAGGCUGCUCUCCAGGGUGUAGAUUUCAUGACUGAAUGUGCUGAGGAAGGAGGAACAGGAAAUACAGAGGGAAGUAACACAGAAGCAAUAGAACCUGUGCAAAUGCAGCUUUCUGAUCAUUCCUCUUAUGCCAGAAAUAAAUUGGCACACCUACAGGAAAGACUUACCAAUAAGCUCUUGGCACUCCAAGCCUUACGUCAGUGUGGUAAAGCAGAUGGAAAAGUAAUCACACACUUGGAGGGGGAAAUUAGCCAGCUACGCAGUGACCACAAGUUGCUAGAGACUCAUGUGGAGAGAACAGGGCUUUGGAGCGAUAACAUUGGUCGUUGGCGGGUUCAUGUUCAAAGUGUCCAGCUCAUCGAGGAGAAAGAUAUCCCGCACCUGGUGUUGUUAGUUCACCUAAAUUCUGAAGAGAUAAAGACCUUGCCGUGCCAAGAUCUUUGCUCGGCAUCUGCCUUGGCAUCUUCCACCUCAUCAUUACUGUCAUCUUGUGCUACCUUGGAUACCCCAGAGUCUUUGGUUGUCAGUUCGAGCCCUGCACAUGGCUGGGUUAUUGUGAGAAAAUUGCUGCAACUUGUAGAUCUGCACAGAAAGUUAUGUCAAAUUGCUCCAUGGAUGAAAGCAGUGGAACUACCUUCUGUACCAAGUAAAAUGUUUGGCAAAGUUGCUGACAAAGCUCAUCUAGAAAAAGUGCGUGUCGUGGCACAGACGUAUUUUGAUGCAGUUUUAAGUGACGAGAAACUCUCCGGCUCGGAACUUAUAUAUGCUUACUUGUCGCCAUCCCCAGAACAUUUAAAGCAAGUAGAAAUACAACGAAAGAAAUCAAAAUUCUCAUUUUCUACGUUCUUUAAAGGAGGUGAUGGCAAGAGUGACAGUGAUGAGGAAGACUUAGGGUUGAUAAUGGAUGGUGGAGAGACAUCAGCCGAUGGAGGGAGUGGCGAUGGUGGGAAGGACUCGAUAGCAGAACCUCUCUUUUCGUUCCUAGAGGAACUUUGUGAGCUUAGGGGUGUCAGCAAAUGGCUUAGAAAAACUUUGAUUUCCUUCGUUCAAAUCACAUAUGGGAAAACAAUCACUAAACAUGUACGGGAAACAGUAUCGGGCAUGCUCAGUGAAUCGAUGGUACUGUACUACAUGCACACAGUUAAAGACGAUCUUUGGCCCUCGCAAGAUGAGAUACAAGCACCACACCAACCUCGGACGGAAGAGGACAAACUUAGAACAAGAUACGAAGCACGGGAGCAAUUUGUCAAUAACUUGCCUGUUCUUUUGUGUACUCUGGUGGGUCAGCAAAAUGCUCGUCGGGGGGCAACAAAGCUCUUCACCACUCUUCAACAUCAUGCACUUAACAAAAACCUGUUUUACACUGUGCUAGAAGUCCUCCUCAAAGAAUUGUUUCCUGAACUCCAAGAACAUAUUGACAAGAAAUUGUGAGGUUCAGUGUAACUUCAGAGGAUUGAAAAUAUCCAGUAUAUUUACUAGUGGUAUCGGUUGCAUUGUGGUCCUGUGUGGAAUUAACUAGCCCAAGUCUGAGUGGAAACUGAUCCUCAUCAGGAUCUGUUAUUGGAAGUAGACCUGGCUGCCAUGUGUAAACCAAGGAGAAAAAUGUGGUAUUCGGACUACAACAUGCUUUCUAGAUGCCUUGGGACAGAGACUGAACGAAUAAUUGAUAGUGUCCAGGUAAGUGUGGGUGUCGGGAAUGGUGGUUGGAUUUUUACAUGUGGGUUUGGGUAUCAGUGUGUGGGUGCUUGCACAUGGGUGCUUGCAUAUGGGUGCUUGCAUAUGGGUGUUGGCAUGCAGGAAGUAUGAGGGAUUGGUGUUGCUUAGUGUGUGGAGAUGACUGGCAGAGGUCCACAAGCUAGAGUUGACCCUAGCUGGGGAGGGGUCAGGGAGGUGGUGCAGUUGUUCACUCGUGUGACGAAUUGUAAAUAACGAUGUAAUAAUUAUUUGGUUAUUUAAUAAUUUAGAUAUUUACAAGAAUAUAAAAUGGGGGUAUUGACAAUUGAAAGCAUAUAAAGUUACUUCAUCCUACAGUAAAUAUUAACACUUGUAUUGGUUGAGUUGGGGAGGAGAGGAACUGAACAGGAAGGAGACGGGUGAUUAUUUGUCCAUCAUUGUCUCCCCACUCUGUGUAGCCUGUCCACGCUGACAGGUAAGUUGACAGAUUUUUAUUUUCUGGCUGGUUCUUUGGGUGGAGAUGGUGUCCAGCACUAGCUAGACUGAGAGGUGGGCUCCUGGUUUACCCUCAGGGCAUGGUGGGCAGCUGGCUCCUGCUCUCCCAGAUGUCUUGCCUUGCCUGGCAAUGAAACUAGGAUAUGGUCAUUUGUGAGCCGAUUGUGGUCACUAGUGUGUUACAGGUCGAUAAGAUAAACUUCUAAAAUAAACUAUAUACAGUGUAAUGUUUCACCAUACCAUAGAGGUACCAGUUUUAUGAGUUCCAGGUUGUCUAGUCAUACUGAAAGUUCCUAAGCAGGAUAAGCAAAUUUGAUAUUUAACACUGUAGAGUUAACUAAACGUAUAAGUGUAUCGGAGAAUUCAUUACAGUAGGGUAUCUUGCAUUAUUACUGUGAUAUUACAAAACCAAAGAAAUAAUUCUUAAGUUAUAUUGGGCAGUAUUGUUAUGGUCACAAAUGAUAGUGUAAUUUGAAAAUACAAAUGCAGAUAAUGUUAAAGGUUUUAAUAAAAUAACUAUGAUUACUAGAGUGUGUUUUCAAGAGAAUUAUAUUGAAACUGUCCUGCUUUGAAUGCAGAAAUUAGGAUUUAAUGAGUACUGUACUUUAAAAAGGUGUAUUUACUAUUUGUGCCUGAAGGAUUGAGAUGUUAGCUCGAUCCUGUGUGUGACAUUAAAGUGUGGGGAUGGCCCAUUUAUUUUUUGGUGCACAUUCAGUAAUGCACCGAUACAUUUAUUUUGGCAUUAUGACUACAAAAUCAGUGGCCCAUACCCAUUAGCCAAAAUAAAAUGUUCUUUUCCACUCGUCUUAAAAUUUUCCUUAUUCUUAGUAAUAGCAAAACUUGGUUAGUAUAGCAGAGAGUAAGUCAUAAUAACAUGGCUGAAAAUUAGUAACCCAACCCUCGCAUGAAAAGAUAGAAAAGUGAAGAUGUUUCGGUCCAUCCUGGAUCCUUAUAACAGCUUUGUAAAAGUCCAGGAUGGAAUAAAAUGUCAUCACUUUCAGUUCAUACUUGUAUUGUAACACCUUGUUGGUGCUUUUUUUUUUUUUUUUU